AUGUCCGACGUCAGCCCCCUCGCGGAGGUGCUUGGACACGCCUGGUAUCACUUUGACCGCAUCAAGCCGCUCCUCCCCACGUACGGUCACCUACUCGUCUCUGCUCUAUUUCCCAUGUGGAUUGGGGCCCACGCAUCUCUAUCCAGACCCUCUUCGGCCGCAAAACCUCCCAAAAAGGACACCGAGACGGAAGAAUAUGAUACCGACGAUGACGAUGAGGGCGAGGACAAGGGUGGCCCGGUUCAGAAGAUGGAGGGACUCGAGCCCUCGGAUGCCUUGAUGUUCCCAUUAACGGCGGGUCUCACACUGGGCGGUCUAUACUUUGUAAUCAAAUGGCUGGAAGACCCGGCUAUUUUGAACAAGAUACUCAGUUUCUACUUCUCCCAGAUGGGCAUUUUCUUCGCUGUCGCUUUCCUGAAGGACGCUUUGUUGAUCCUGCGGUCACUCAUAUUUCCCAAGUACUAUCGCCACGGAGGAAAGAUUUGGAAGGUCAAGCAGUCCGAGCGCGUGUUCACAUCUUCGGGACAAGUUCGAUGCUCACCACUUCCUGGAAUAUUUGGUUCAAUCCCUUUGCCAUCCAAGGUUAUGUCUUUUGUCUGGAUGUGCCGCAAUGCCUCGUACCAGCGACUCAGAGUGAGGGCCCACAUCAAGAGCGUGCUGGAUGUCAAAGGCCUUGUGGGACUGCUUGACCUCUUCAGUGCAAUCUUCGCUCUCAUUGCCGUGGGCUACUUCGCAUUUGUUACUAAGCCUUGGUGGUUAACCAACUUCCUUGGUUUCAGCUUUUGCUAUGGUGCUCUACAGUUCAUGUCACCUUCGACCUUCUGGACAGGAACAUUAAUUCUGGGAUCUUUGUUCUUCUAUGACAUCUAUUUUGUCUUCUUCACCCCCAUGAUGGUGACUGUCGCCACAAAACUGGACGUUCCCAUCAAGCUUCUCUUUCCUCGUCCCCCGUCCCCAGGUCAAGAACCAGAUGCCGUGUCACUGGCCAUGCUGGGACUGGGAGACAUCGUUAUUCCGGGCAUGAUGGUCGGCCUGGCGCUGCGAUUUGACCUCUUUCUCUACUACUUCCGAAAGGGCGCUCAAAAGGCACGGGCAGAAGGAUCAAGUGAGGAGAAUAUCAUGCCCAAGUAUCAACGAUCCACUGGAUCGUGGGGAGAGCGAUUCUGGGCACCGUCAAUUGUGCCACGAGAACCCGAGUUCCAGCCUCCGUACUACGAUGCGCGAUCUUUCCCCAAGACAUACUUUAAAGCCAGCCUUGCUGGAUACGUCGUUGGCAUGGUCGCCACGCUUCUUGCAAUGCAAUAUUCAAACCACGCACAGCCUGCCCUUUUAUAUCUGGUCCCGGGAGUCCUGUCAUUCCUAUGGGGCACUGCUCUCCUUCGUGGGGAACUUAGUAUCUUGUGGAACUUCUCUGAUGCUGAAGAUGAAGAAGACGAGGAGGAAAACAAAGACGCAAAGGACUCUGAGAAGAAGGCGGAUGCUGACAAGAAAAAAGCCUCCCAGCCCAAGCAGAAGAGCCUCUUUAUGCGCAUCUUGUCUGGCGACUUGAAGGCGCUCACGUCAGGUGAUGAAGAUGCGGAAAAGGAAAAGAGCGGCAACUCAGAAAAGACAUUGGACAAAGUCGACGACAACAAAUCGGACGAGGUCGACGAGAACAAAAAGCCCGAGUCGGAUAAGACCCAGGACGAAGAGACACAAGCCGGAUUGGACUUGGUCUCGUUUUCAAUCUCCUAUCCCCGCAAGCCCCAAGCCAAAGUCGAUUCUGGCUCUGAGGAGAGCAAGAAAGGGGAGGGGAAUGGAACAGUGAGCAUUCCGGGAGUCGGCAGCUGGGAGGAUGAGCCGCCGCUGAAGAGGAGGCGUGGGACGCCUCGAAAGGCAUCCAUGCAUUAA